AGCCGUAUCCAUAUCCGAGUCGAGGUUUCUUCUCGAGGUAAAUGGCUAGAACCCUAAUAAUACCACGCAGGCGUCUCUCCAUUUUCCCCUGUAGAUUUCCAAUUUCCUAGCCUGAAAUUGCUAAUCCACAGCCUUCCGUUUUAUUCAAUCGUCAGGUUCUUUGUUAUUACUGUCAUUGAAAUUAGCAGUUUUUUCUGUGCUAUUUUUUUGGAGCCAAUAUGAGUUUUACUGGUCCUUCCGUGGGUUCUGGUGGUAAAGCUGCAAGACGCGCAUUUGAGUUUGGAAGGACCUAUGUGGUUAGGCCAAAAGGUAAACACCAAGCUACUGUUGUAUGGCUACAUGGUCUAGGUGAUAAUGGAUCAAGUAACUUUGUUAGAAUCCUCAGUUAUUGUUUAGUCUUGUUUGGCAGCUGGUCCCAGCUUUUGGAGACCCUUCCUCUUCCAAAUAUUAAGUGGAUAUGUCCAACUGCUCCAACUCAACCUAUAACUAUAUUUGGCGGCUUCCCAUCCACAGCAUGGUUUGAUGUGGGAGAACUUUCAGAAGAUGCCCCGGAUGAUGUAGAGGGUUUGGAUGCUGCAGCAGCACAUGUCGCAAAUUUAUUGUCAACAGAACCUGCUGACAUUAAGAUUGGUAUUGGAGGCUUUAGCAUGGGUGCAGCUACUUCUUUAUACUCUGCAACCUGCUUUACUUCAGGAAAGUAUGCAAAUGGAAAUCAGUAUCCUGCCAACUUGAGUGCAGUUGUUGGAUUAAGUGGCUGGCUUCCAUGUUCAAAGACCUUGAGGAACAAAAUUGAGGGGGUGGAAGAAGCUGCAAGGCGUGCUGUAACCCUUCCCAUAUUGCUCUGUCAUGGCAAAGGUGAUGAUGUGGUUCCUUAUAAAUUUGGUGAGAAAUCCUCGCGGGUUUUGGCUUCAACUGGAUUCCAGGAUGUGACAUUCAAAGCAUACAAUGGGCUCGGUCACUACACAAUCCCCCAAGAGAUGGACGAGGUCUGCACUUGGCUGACUUCCAAAUUGGGGCUUGAGGAAUCAUCCUCUUCAUGAUAUGAUGCCAUGAACAAAUAUUAGGCAACAGCUUGGGACAGAAUGGAAAAGAUGAAAUUGAGAAAUUAUUUUGCGUAAGAAACAAAAAUAUGCAGUCCAAAGGGCUUGUAGGUGUGUGACGCAUGAUGGUCAUAUUGGGCUAUCAGUAACCUGUUCUUUCUCAUCUACUGCAAAACUAGGUUGAACUUCAUUUAUGAAUAAUGGGAUUGGAUAUCAUUUGGGUCAUUACUCAAUUUGUUAACUGCUGGAAGAUCAAUGCUCCAAUAAUUGCGAAGUGUUUGUCAUUAUCAAAAGCAGAAACUGAAAAUUAUUUAUGAUGCUUGAUUUAGAAACAUUAAUCUAUUGUAUUCUCGCAGUAAAAUGAUACUCUUGGAUUUACCUCA